AACGGUCUCCACGAUGUAAUGACCGGCUCCUCUCAAGAAACCCUAGCUUAGUAACCCGCUAUUAACGCGAUCAGUUUUCUCUGUCUCAUUCUUACCACCCAUUGAGCUCGCUUAUGGCACAGGGCGGCGAAUCCUCCUCGGGCUCCUCUGGCGACGACCAUAACCAGACCCAUCCUGUCUCCAACCCUUCGCCGGCGGCCGUUGCUGAUCCGCCGUCGAUUGACGCAAUUGCCCAUCAAAUCAAGGAAUCGCUCUCCAUAACCAAGCAACACCGGUUCUGGGAAACCCAACCCGUGGGCCAAUUCAAAGAUCUCGGCGACUCUUCUUUCCCCGAAGGCCCGAUUGAGCCCCCUACUCCCGUGUCGGAUGUAAAGAAGGAACCAUACAACCUCCCCUCCCUCUACGAAUGGACGACCUGCGACAUCGAUGACGAUGCCACAGCCACCGAGGUUUACAACCUCCUUACCAGCAACUACGUCGAAGACGACGAGAACAUGUUCCGUUUCAACUACUCCAAGGAAUUUCUUCGCUGGGCUCUUCGCCCUCCGGGCUACUUCAAGUCAUGGCACAUCGGUGUUCGCGUCAAAUCCAACAAAAAGCUCGUUGCUUUCAUCACCGGUGUCCCCGCGAGAAUCUGCGUCCGUAAGGAUGUGGUUUUGAUGGCGGAGGUCAACUUCCUUUGCGUUCAUAAGAAGCUGAGGUCUAAGCGGCUCGCGCCUGUACUUAUCAAGGAGGUUACACGGAGAAUCCAUUUGGAAGAUAUUUGGCAGGCAGCUUAUACUGCCGGAGUUGUCCUUCCGACGCCGAUUGCAACCUGCCAGUACUGGCACCGAUCGCUCAAUCCUAAGAAGCUCAUCGAUGUGGGGUUCUCUAGGCUUGGGGCGAGGAUGACCAUGAGCCGCACUAUUAGGCUGUUCAAGCUGCCGGCAUUGCCUGUUACCCCUGGGUUUAGAAAGAUGGAGCUCCGUGACGUUCCGGCAGUGAUGAGACUGCUGAGGGAUUAUUUGUCUCGGUUUGUUGUAGCGCCUAGUUUUGAUGAGAUGGAUGUGGAGCAUUGGCUUCUCCCCAGAGAGAAUGUAGUGGAUAGUUACUUGGUAGAGAGCCCUGAGAAUCAUGAGAUUACUGAUUUUUGUAGCUUCUACACUCUGCCAUCUAUGAUACUUAACAACUCCAACUACUCAACUUUGAAGGCUGCGUACUCAUUCUAUAAUGUGGCAACAAGGACUCCUUUGCUCCAGCUGAUGAAUGAUGCCCUUAUAGUGGCCAAGCAAAAGGAUUAUGAUGUAUUCAAUGCGUUGGAUGUCAUGGAGAAUGAGUCGUUUCUAAAGGAUCUGAAGUUUGGUCCCGGAGAUGGAAUGCUGCAUUAUUACUUGUAUAACUAUCGGCUUAGAUAUGCUAUAAAACCUUCAGAGCUUGGGCUAGUCCUCUUAUAGCCUCUGAUCAUUGUUGUUCAAAUUUGAAGGUAUGAUCCUAUCUGAUUUUAAAACUUAUAUUUUCUCAAUGGCUAUGUCAUUGGCAGGCAUUGGUCAUUUGGUCUUAUGGCAUAUUAAGUCUUUUUUUCUUUGGGUUAAGAUGAUUUAGGGACACACUUUGUCGAUUUACUGGAUUUUGUCCUAUGGUUUGGUGAGAUUGAUGUAGGGAAUGAAGCGGUACUUUGAAUUUAUCAUUUUAUAAUGUUUUUUCCGCUCUUUUGUUUGCAUUUAAUGCUACUAAAUAUAUCAAAUUUUGGUGGGUGAUAACAUUGGAAUCCC